UUUUUAAAGAUAUUUAAAUCUUAAAAUGAAGGUAAUAUUCUGUAUCUUUGCUCUGUUCUGCACCACGCAAACCCUUGGGUUUGAAAGCUGUGAAGAAUGCCUUGAAACUAUUCCUCUAAUUGGAACCUGGAUCCACGAAGGAGCAGAUGAUAUCGCGUCCUGGCUUGAGGAGAACUAUUGUCCUACUGUAGAGGAUGAAGAGUGUGCUAUGCAUGUUAACGAGAUGUAUCCAACUAUGCUGGAGAUGAUCGCUGAGGAGUUUAUUAUUCUUAACUCUGUCAGAAUUUGCAACCAUGUUCACGCCUGUGAUUUGAAGGAAACAGAUCCUAUAUUGAAGGAAAUGACAUGCCAGGAUUGCGAUAGAAUUCUUGGAGAUGUCAGAGACAUGCUCACUGAUAGAGAUCAAGUUCAAGAAAUGGAACAUUGGCUGGAACGUCACUUCUGCACUGAAGAAAUCCCCCACUGUCCGAGAUUUGUGAGGACCCACUUCUACCCAAUGCAUGAAAUGGCAAUGAGGCACUUUCUCCACCCUCAUGACAACUGUGUCAGGCUGGGAUACUGUCAGUAGUGCAUGAGAUGCAAUAAGUUGGUUCCAUUUUCAUGCUUUUUAGAACUUUAAAUGGUUCCACAAAAUCUAAGAAACUUUUUUAAAUUUAAAAAUUGUUUGUAUUGAACGUUUUGUUUUCUUACACUACGCUAAGUUUUAACCCUUAGAGAAAAUAAAAAAUAAAACGAACUAAAAAACGAAUAAAAACUUGUUAAACAAACGAUUUAAGGUUCGUUUUGCUUUCGUUUUUCUUUUAGGAUAAAAAUGCAGUAACGUUUAAUAAAACAAAUCAUAAUACAUUAAACAACCCAAAAUGAAAAAUCAUGGCGUUAUUAAUUAUAAUAAAUAUUGUUUUUCUUUGAAUUAUAUUUAAGCUGUUUAAA